UCGCUCAAGUCGCCCAAUUCGCUCAAAUCACCCAAUUCGCUCAAAUCACCAUCACCAAUUCCUCGCUCAAGUCGCCCAAUUCACAAUUCACCAAAUUCACCCAAUCCGUUCAAGCCACCCCCAAUGGAGUUCAUGGCCGACAUGCUGGGCGGCGCCGACGCUGGCAAGCCGUCGGUGUUCGAGCUGGUCGCGCAGCACAAGAUGGCCGAGCUGCUGGAGCCGGCCGUGCGGCACAUCACGGCGGUGUAUGCGCACCGGUACCCGCGCUACCUGGUGCGCGUGCUGAACUGGCACGAGGAGGUGUUCGCCGCGCUGAUGGUGGCGGUCGAGCGCCACUAUCUGCGGCGCUACGGCGCGUCGUUCGCCGAGCACUUCUACGGCGCCAAGCGCGUGCGCACGCGCAGGAUCGGCGGCAGCGGCAGCCUGACGCGCGGCGACCAGUGGGCGUCGGUCGCGCUGCUGGUGGGCGUGCCGCUGGUCAAAAGCCGGCUGGACCAGUGCUACGACCGCAUCAGCGGCGGCGACGCAGCGCGGCUGCUGGGCGGCGCCUUUGCGCAGCCCGACGAUGCCGGCGCCGGUGCCGGUGCCGGUGCGGACAGCGGCGGCGCCACGCGGCUGCAGCGGCUGCGCGCGUCGGCCAAGCACGCGUUCCGGCGCCUGUACCCGCACGCCAACUUCGCGUACCACGCGGCCGCCGCGCUGUAUUACGUCGCGUACAUGUUCGACCGCACGCGCUACAGCUCGCCAGCACUGCACGUGCUGGGGCUGCAGCUGCGCCGCCUGAGCGCCGCCGACCACCGCGCCAUGGACGCGCGAGCCGCAACCGCGCCCGGCGGCUCGCUGCUGCGGCUGCUGCGCAUCGGCGCGGGCGGCGCGCUGGACGUGCUCAAGACAGCGCUGCCGCUGGCGAUUUUCUUCUACCGCUUCCUCGAGUGGUGGCACCGGUCGGACUUCCACCGCCGCGCGCAGCAGCCGCCGAUGCCACCGCCGCCAAAGCCGCUGCCGCCGCACCCCGACGGCGUCGCCGUGCCAGGCGACCAGGCGCUGUGCCCGCUGUGCUGCAGCCCGCGCACCAACCCGGCCAUGGCGCCGACUGGCUACGUCUUCUGCUACCCGUGCAUCCACCGCCACUCGCCGCCACCGGCGCCUGCCCGGUGACGCUGGCCGCAGCCGACGCGGGCGCCAUCCGCAAGCUGUACGCUGACAUGUAGUUGGCAGGGUUGUAUUUUAGUCUUUACUUUACUUUCUCGCGCAAAACACUAAAACACUCCACUCCGCCGCCCACGCCCGAUCUUGCGGCGGCACUGCGGGCAGUAGUGCGUCUUGCGGUGCAGCCCCGGCACCACCAGCGGCACCCAGAACAGCGGCCACGCGAUGGCCGCCACCAGCACGGCCGCGCCGCCGGCCUUGAAGCCGAUGCGCCGCUUGAUGCGUGUCGUCACCACCGCGUGGCACCAUGGGCACUCGACCGUCUGCGCCUGCCGCCCCAGCCCAUCGGCUGCGCUCGGCCCCGCCGCCCGGGGCUCGUACAUGCCGUACCCGCUGGUGCUGUGCACGCUGGCAUCCGCCACGAUCCAUGCCAGCGUUCUGCUCGAGGCUGCGGAUGU